UUUCGAUUAUCAACACAAAUAGUUAUCUGAUCCAUUCCCAAAAUGACCGACACCAUCAUCGCCACCGCUCCGGCACCAGUUGCUGCAUCACCAGUUGUGAAAAAGUCUCCAGCCAAGAAGAAGAUUGCCGGCACAGUCAAAAAGACCGUUGCGCUGCAUCCAACCACCUCCGUGAUGGUCACUUCGGCUAUCAAAGAAUUGAAGGAAAAAAAAGGUUCGUCGUUGCCAGCCAUCAAGAAGUACUUGGCCGCCAACUACAAAGUCGAUCCCGCUAAAUUGGCGCCCUUCAUCAGGAAAUUUUUGAAAGCCGCCGUCGUCAACGGAACUGUAGUCCAGACCAAGGGAAAUGGUGCUUCCGGGCACUUCAAACUUCCCGUAGCCGAGGCCAAACCGAAAAAGACAGUCGUAGCGAAGAAGAAGAAGUCCAUCGUCAAGAAAGUUAAGGCGCCCGGAACCCCGAAAAGAAAACUCACCGCCACCAAGAAAGUGAAGGCCGGCGAACCCGCAGCGAAAAAAGUGAAGAAGGCAGUUGCAGUGCCGACUAAGGCCAAGGCGACGACUAAAACGAAAAAGUCCCCUGCCAAACCGAAGAAGCCUGCUGUUGUCAAACCAAAAGCAGCUCCAAAAGUGAAAAAAGCAGCACCCAUCAAGAAGACGGUUGUCCCCAAAAAGAAGUAAUUAUCGAAAAACAUCAUAAGAACUAUUCAAAAUCUAAUAAAACGGCCCUUUUCAGGGCCACCAAUUUAAUAUAUUCCCAUCUACUAAUGGUGUAACAAUUUCAGAACUGAGAAGAUAUGUGAUUUUACAUAUUAUCCCUAAUAUAAAGGUCAAUUCGUCAGUUAGACUAGGAAAGUAAUGGAAGUUAAUGUAUUGAAUAUUUUUCAAUACUUCUGUUAAAUAACCUUCAAUUUCCCAUAUAAUUUUGAAAGCUUAUAUCGCAACCAUCGAAGGAAUUAAUAAUUUUCCUCGUCGGCAGAGUGAGCGAACAUAUAUUAUGGUAUUACGCGUAUUCUGUGUUGUGGACACCGUCGUGUUGUGUCAUAGUAACCAGCACUGGUUUAAAUGCCGCACGUCCGGCUUGUCUGUGUAUGUAUGGUGGUUUUGGACGAUAGUUAAAUUUUUUGCAAGUUUUGAGCACAUUAAACGGCUCAAUUAAAAAAUGCUCGAAACUCGACAUACAACAAUCAGGCUUAUAUUUGCUAUGCGAUUUUUUAGUGUACACACCGCUCUGAACACGGUGGUCGCCCUUUCAGUCGAGCAAGCAAUUACAACGUUAGAAACGACGCUUGUCUCACCAAAUCAACUUAU